AUGGAGAUGCUGGAUGUUAUGGGCGAGGAAGGGAUGGAGUCAGCCCGAUUGAUCGCCAUGACCAUUUUAAACUCCACCUUGAAUGGGUCAACUAACUUCACCAACAUCACCUUUUUCCACUACUACCAACACUCUUUGUACGUAGCUGCCAGCUACAUCCUGGCCUACGCCUUCAUCUUCCUGCUGUGUAUGGUGGGUAACAUGCUGGUGUGCCUGAUCGUACUGGAAAACCGCUGUAUGCGCACAGUUACCAACCUCUUCAUCCUCAACCUGGCCAUCAGCGACCUACUGGUCGGGAUCUUCUGCAUUCCUACGACUCUAGUGGACAACCUCAUCACAGGGUGGCCCUUCUCCAACACAGUUUGCAAAAUGAGCGGAUUUGUGCAGGGGGUGUCUGUGUCAGCGUCAGUCUUCACCCUGGUGGCCAUUGCUGUUGAAAGGUUUCGAUGUAUCGUCUACCCUCUGCAACCCAAGCUGACUCUGCUCGUUGCCAAGGCAGCCAUCUCGUCCAUCUGGGUGUUGGCCGUGGCAGUCAUGUGUCCCGCCGCCGUAGCGCUGACCGUUGAGAAAGUCCCUUUCCAUUACAUGGUGUACAACGACAACUUUAAUCACACAUUGCCCUUGUACACCUGCUACGAAAACUUUUCCAACCCACAGAUGAGAAAGAUCUACACAGCAGUUCUGUUUGCUCUUAUCUACAUGGUGCCCCUCACCAUCAUCACGCUGAUGUACGUGAGUAUCGGAGUCAAGCUCUGUUCCUCCUCGGUGGCCAACCGAGAGCCGCAGCCGGCCGACGCAACGGUCCAGGCGGGAGCGACGAGACAACGUCAGCCAAUAAUAUCGCAGAAAAAGAUCAAGGUCAUAAAGAUGCUCAUUGUGGUGGCUUUGCUUUUCAUGGUGUCCUGGCUGCCACUGUGGACCCUCAUGAUGAUGGCAGAUUUCGGAGGCCUGGAUAGGGAGCAGCUGGACCUCCUGACUAGUUACAUCUUUCCCUUUGCCCACUGGCUUGCUUUCGCCAACUCUAGCGUGAACCCCAUCGUCUACGGCUACUACAAUAAGAACUUUAAGAGGGGCUUCCAGGUGGUGUGCAAGUCAAAGCCCCUCUGCUGCAUCAGGAGGCUGGGGAGAAAAACUUCCAGCUGCGGAAGGAGAAGAAGGUCCGUGCAAGAACCUUAUGGAGAUAUUGGAUUAAGAGAUGGCGUUAACCUUCACAGCAACUUUGCGUUGGGAGUGAGAAACCGCGUCCAUAAUGACAACAAGUUGAGUGACACACGCAAAGGCAACAGGAGCUCCAGGGUGGAGUGUGUGGCGGUGCACUCGUGUAAAAACCCCUCAGAUCAAGGGUUAGAAGUGGUGGCCGUACAGAGUAAUGGGAGCAAAGGAGAAGCCUCUGAAAAGGUUUCCCCCCUGGGAGUUUCAGUAUACCAGGCCUGGGAUAACUGA